AUGUAUCUAAAGAAUCCAUUAAAUGGGUCAAUGAAAGUAAAAAUUACCAAGCAUUCAAUUAGAGUUGGAGAUCGUGUUCGGAUACUCAAAGGUAAACAAACAUUCAGAAAAGGAUAUGUGUCAAAGUACAGCAACGGCAUCUAUACGGCUGUCAGUGGGAACGGAUACUCUUUCUCAAUUUCAGAUGAUAACGGCAAUGUUCUUGGAAAGUCUUACAAAUACUAUGAACUCAAGAGAGUUGAAGGAACGGAGACCUUUAUGAUUGAACCGAGACACAGAGAGCCGACAAUGACAAACAAGGAGCGUCGUAACAAGAGAGAAUUACAAGAACUGGCAAGAGUUCAAGGCCCAACCAAUAGAAAGACAAAGACAUUUGGAGCAACUUAUUUUCUAGAGAAUUGGGAUGCUUAUUCAUCUCAAGAACAAGACCAAUUAAGGAAAUGGUAUCGUGAAUAUUAUUCUCAUAACAAGGAAACUGAACGAAAACGCUACAGAGACUACUAUGCCUCAAAUGCAGAAGCCGAAAAGGAAAGAUUGAAAAAAUUGCUGAGACUUGUUGAAAUAACCAUUUCACUUCCAGUUGCUGCACCUUCGCCCUCCGUUUCCUCCUCAAACGAAUGA